UUGGGGCAUAAGGUGCUUGCAGAGGUGACCCGGUCCUCUGCCAGGGUCUGCCAGUCUCUCCAUGCACCCCACCCCCAACAUGAACAAACAUGAAUGAAUGGGAUCUUGGAUGAGGUUUCUGAGCAGGCUAGAGAAUGAUAGGUUGGAAGGCUCGCGUGCCUGGUUUGGGGCUAUGUGGCCACGUUGUUUCCUCAUCUGAUGGAGCUGCAAGACGUCCAGCUUCCCGGAGAAAAGCCCUUUCCCAUCCUCUGCUAGUGGGAGUCGUUCUAUGAGCACAGCUUCAGGAGGUCAGCACAUCUGGUACCACACUUUCAACGUACGUCUACGCUGUGGACAGCGUAUACACUGCAUCCUGAGCAUGAAAAGGACCUUGUUCCUAUGUACAGUCCUCCUCUCCUGAUAACGGGAGCCAUUUCAGUCCAUCUGGGGGAGGGGAAGGGAAGAAGCUGAUCCAUCAUGUGUAGAAAGUAAGGUAGGUUGCAGUCACUGGGUUGAAACUGUAUAUUCAACACACCAUCAUAGGUGCUAAGGCCGUAGCAGUGAAGUACAUAGGACUGUUGGCAAGGAGUCAGCAAUGUAGUCUGUGAACUUGGAGGUAUAGUGUGUCAUUUGUCACCACAAGGGGGUAAGGGGUCCAGAAAAAAACGAGGAUGUACAUUGGGGACGUAGAUUGCCUAGCAAGCACAAAGCCCCAAGUUAAAGCCAUAGCACUAUGUAAACUGGGUGUGGUGGUACACACCAACAAUCUUAGUAUCCAGGAGGCUAAGCAAACGACCACAAGUUGAAGCUCAUCUUUCAAUACACAGUGAGUUUGAAACCCUCUGCUAUACAUAAGGUCCUGUCUUUAAAGGGGGAUUGGGGAGCUACAGAGAUGGCUCAGUGGUUCAAGUCAAGUACUGCUCUCCCAGAGGACCUGAAUUUGAGUUUCAACCUCCGUGCCCCUGGUAACUCCAACUCCAGGGGAUCUGACACCUUUUUCUGGCCUCUGCAGACACAGCAGACACACACAUGAAUAAAGACAAAUAGUCUGGGGCAAAGGUCACGGACAAAAUGGUGUCCCCGGUUCAGGUCUCUCUGCUCAUCAAGUUCGGCUGGUACUCUGCUCUGACCCUUGGCAUGGCAUAUGGCGCCAAGCACUACAGUUAACUAAAACCCCUGGCAGGGGAGGAGAGGAGAAUAGCAGCAGAGGAAAAGAAGAGACUAGAUGAACUGAAACGGAUUGAGAGAGAACUGGCAGAAGCUCAAGAUGACAGCAUUCUCAAGUGAGACAUCGUGGAGCUUGCUUUUCUCUAGUCGUUGAAGAAAGUAAAGCUUCUUAACUCC